GCAAGAGAAGCCCAUUCAGAUGUUUGCAGCUGACUCAGAGCUACAGACCUCUACUCACUUAAGAGAAAGAUUAUAUUUCAGAAACAGGAAUAAUAAUUUGCAGAGACCAUGAGGUUUAUCUUUAUUGGCUUAAUUUCCCUCUGCAUGCUGAUGAAUCCAUUAACAGAUGCCCGGCCAGUACAGGAUGAAGACGACCCAUAUCAGGAACCUGCAGCCCUGCCAUACUGGCCUUUCUGGUCCAGUGAUUUUUGGUCGUAUGUGGAGUAUUUCCAGACUCUGGGAGCAUACAACAGAAUCAACGAAAUGGCCAGAACCCUGUUUGCUCAAUACCCUUUUGGAAAUAACCUUGGUUAUGAUGUUCCCUAUCAUGAGCACUAA